UCUUAAUAAAAUUGCAUAAAAGAACAAAGUUUAUCGCGAUCAGAAAUAAUCUGAACCUUUGGUACGUAGACGUGCGCUGUAAGGAUGAACGGAAUUAUGCUUCCAUUGAUGCAACAGAAUAACAUGGAACCACCAGGAAAAAAGCUGCGACUAGAAGGAAAUGCCUCGGAAUUCUUGCCAAGCCCCAUUUACGAUAUCAAUCAAACAGGACAGGUGGUUGCAGGGCCUGGAGCAAAAUAUCUAACCUUACCUGGAAUAUUGGGGGGUGGCUUGCCAAAAAUCUCGUCUGAUCAACAAGACACAGUAAAUCGGGCUAAAAAAUAUGCCAUGGAACAGAGUAUCAAGAUGGUUUUAAUGAAACAAACAUUAGCCUAUCAACAACAGCAAAUGGCUAGUCAGCGGAAUCAGGUGCAGAGACAACAGACUCUGGCUCUCAUGUGCAGGCUUUACGUAGGCAGCAUCAGUUUUGAAUUAAAGGAGGAUACAAUAAGGCAGGCCUUUCUGCCCUUUGGUGCCAUCAAAUCCAUUAAUAUGUCAUGGGAUCCACUAACGCAAAAGCAUAAAGGCUUUGCGUUCGUGGAGUACGAGAUACCAGAGGCAGCGCAACUUGCGCUUGAACAGAUGAAUGGGGUCAUGAUUGGUGGCCGUAAUAUCAAGGUGGUGGGUCGUCCGUCGAAUAUGCCGCAGGCCCAGUCGGUCAUAGACGAGAUAACGGAGGAAAGCAAGCACUAUAACCGCAUCUACAUUGCCUCGAUUCAUCAAGACUUGACAGAGGACGACAUAAAGUCUGUCUUCGAAGCUUUUGGACCAAUAACUUACUGCAAGCUUGCCCAGGGCAGUUCGCCACAUCGACACAAAGGCUAUGGCUUCAUUGAGUAUGAGUCCAUGCAGUCAGCCCUCGAGGCCAUUGCUUCAAUGAAUCUCUUCGAUCUGGGUGGACAGUAUCUCAGAGUUGGUCGGGCCAUAACACCGCCUAAUGCUCUUAUGGGACCCCCAAGCGGUACUAGUAUGAUGCCGACCGCAGCAGCCGUUGCCGCCGCCGCGGCUACUGCCAAAAUUCAAGCGAUGGACGCGGUCGCGAGCAAUGCCGUCGCACUCGGACUAACCAAGCUUGCUGCUACCGCACAGCCAAUACUUAAUACAGCUAUGCCAGGAAUUGUUCGUCCGACGCUUGCACCCCCAACAAUUUUAACUCCAUCGACGAUAGCCAGCGUCGCUCCGAUCAUUCCCCCACCCGGCAUAGCGAUACCACAGACUCUUAAUCGACCACCAGCUAUUAUUCAACCAAUGCCGGGACAACCAGUUGUUAUACCACCUCCAACAGUGGUUACACCAACGAUCGUUGGAGCUCCCAUUAUGCCAGCGAUAAAUGCAGUGUCUGCCCCAGUCGGACCUGAAGCACUGAGACGUGCGCAAGAGCAGGCCGCCCACCAAAAGCAGCAAGAGGAACUGCAGAAGAAAUUACUGGAAGAAGCUGAACCACAAACCCUACAACAGCAAGAAAACAUGUCGAUUAAAGGACAGAGUGCACGACACCUUGUAAUGCAAAAGCUUAUGCGCAAAGUAGAAUCGCGCGUAGUUAUACUGCGCAAUAUGGUAGCACCCGAAGAUGUGGAUCAAAGUUUGCAGGAGGAAAUUCAAGACGAAUGUUCAAAGUUUGGAGUUGUUGAACGAGUUAUUAUUUAUAAUGAAAGGCAAUCCGAAGAUGACGAAGAUCCCGAGAUUAUUGUUAAGAUAUUCGUAGAAUUUUCACAGAUGAGCGAGGCUGAAAGAGCAAGGGAUUCACUUAAUGGUCGCUAUUUCGGCGGUAGGCUAGUAAAGGGCGAACUUUAUGACCAAGCACUUUAUGAUAAUACUGAUUACUCAGGUUGAUUAUCAAUAUUAUCUUUAUUCAUUAUGGAGUCGAAUGCAUUUUCUCCUAUGGAAGAAAAAAAGAAGGAAAUAUGCGGAUGUGUAUCUUAUCAAUAAAAUAUUCGAUUCUCAUGAAUUGAAUCUGACGAUUUUGAAUUUUAAGAAAUUCGU